AAAAGGCUGUUUUAGGAAGAGCGACGGAACUUCCCACAAAAUUAUUUAUUAUUUAAGAAAUACUCUACCUAUUUUUAUCACAUUUAAGAAGUCAAAGUUCAUAGUGUUUUAAAUUGAUAAUACUGAUAUGAAGUGAUAUUGAAAGAAUAACUUAUUGUAACACAGGAACGCAACGAUACAUACUACUAGGAUCCCUAAAAUUCAAAACUUGAUAUACAUUAAACGUUAUUACUGUAAUUUAUAUUGUAUAAAAUAUGGCGUUUAUUGUGGAUUUGCGGUCUGAUACCGUCACUAAGCCUACCAAAUCUAUGAUGCAUGCAAUGGUGAAUUCUGCUCUUGGAGACGAUGUAUUUGGUGAGGAUCCCACUGUGAACGCUUUGGAGAGUAAAGUAGCAACUUUAUUAGGAAAGCAAGCGGCAUUAUUCGUACCCAGUGGUACUAUGGCUAACCUUAUUGCAAUAAUGGUACAUUGUAAUAAAAGAGGUUCAGAGGCAAUUGUCGGUAAUCUAUCACACAUUUUCAAAUAUGAACAAGGUGGUGCGGCUCAUGUUGCAGGAGUUCUAUUAAGUACUAUUCAAAACAAACCAGAUGGAACUUUUGACUUGCAAGAGUUGGAAAGUAAAAUUCGAGGUUCAGAUAUCCAUGAAGCGAUAACAUCUUUGAUUGCCAUCGAAAACACUCACAAUGUUUGUGGAGGGAAGGUUUUGCCACUCCAGUGGAUAGAUGAUCUCGCAGAGCUCUGCAAGAAGCAUAACAUACCCCUACAUAUGGACGGAGCUCGACUGCUGAACGCCAGCACGUAUUUGGAGGUGCCGGCCGAGCGAAUCGUACGAGGCUGCGACAGCGUGUCGCUGUGUUUCAGCAAGGGACUGUCCGCGCCCGCGGGCUCCGCACUCGUGGGCUCCUACCAUUUCAUAAAGCAGGCGCGGCGCGCGCGCAAGAUGCUGGGCGGCGGCAUGCGGCAGGCCGGCGUGCUGGCGGCGCCGUGCGCGGUGGCGCUGGACGACGCGGCGCUGGCGCUCGACCACCGCCGCGCGCGCGUGCUGGCGGACGUUAUCCACGGCCUCUUCCUCAAGACGUUCUCCGUGGACGUCGAAGGUCAGCACACAAACAUAGUGCUGGUGCGGAUUUCCGAAAAUAGUCCUCUGAAUGCGGAUCAAGUGCUGCAGAGGCUGGCACAAAUAUGUUUGGCUGAAACUCAGGGAAGUUGUAAAACUACGAACGACGAAGGCGUGAUAGUCAAAGCGAUAUGCUUUAAUGACAAAACUCUGAGGUUCACACUUCACCGUGAGAUACAGGACGAAGAACUCUGGCUGGCCAUCAUGAAGAUCACUUAUGUGUUCAAGGAGUUGGACGCUGCUCAUCCUGUAAAGAGCUAAAGCAAUAGACCCAUUAUAGAACACGACCAUCGACCAUAGACAAAUGAUAUUUCUAUAUAUUAUUGUUGAAAUACGUAUAUUUUCCCGAAUAUAAAUCUAUUGUAUCUAUACAUAUAACACUGUCUAAAUAUUAUUUAUUCUAUUAUAUCUAAUUAUAUGCAAACUAAACCUAUAAUUUUAGGCGUGGUUCCGUACUAUUACUAUUCAGUUUGAAGACUCUUGGCUAAAUUAAAUUUUACACCCCUAUACAUAUGUUAUAUGCAUUUGUUGAUAAAUUAAUAUUUUAUUUCAAAUUAAAAAUACGUAAAGUUUAUAUUAUAUAAUAUAUUUGAAGAAAUAAUUAUGUAUUUUGUUGUAUUGUUUAGUUGUUUAUUCUUUGUAAAAUUGUGACAAGCCACGUUUGUGCCAAUACGCUGGUUAUUUACAUAAGAACAUUCUCAAAUAUAAAUUUGCUCAAUAUAAUGUUAAGUUUUUGAUUGUAUUACAUAAUUAUUGUUAUGUAAUAGUUUUGUCAGUUGGAAUUUGUAAAGGUUAUGUCGACGCUAUAUGACGUGUCCAUUUAAAGUAUCUAAAAACGAAUUUAAUUAUAUAUUACCCUGUAUAAUGUUUAAAUAAGAAAUUGCUAAUGGAAUAAUUUAAAGAUAAGUUACUAAAAUUUUUUUAAUAAGAUUUUCUUUAUUAACCUUUGUGGUUUGGACUCUGGUAAAUCCAGAGUAUUUUCCUCAUUUUUUAUUUAAGUAUGAGUUUUUAUUAUAUGACAAUAGAUGGAGAUAUAGUAACUACGUUACUAAUAAUAGUUUUUGAGCUAACAAAUCAAUACCUUACUUUUUUUAAGUCACAUUAUAUUGCAUGACUUCGAUAUUUGAGAAACGUAUUUUUUAUUAUGACGCUUUUCAAAUACGACUCGUAGACGUUUCUACCAUACGUAAGCAAAAUAUUCGUUGAUACAUAUAUUUGGUGCUGGAUGCAUAGUUAGAGUUACUUAUUGGUAGGUAGGUAGGUAUUCCUAAAGGUGAAUAUUGUCAAUUAAAAACUUUUGGAUAAUGUAUAUCUUGUAAGUUAAAUUUACAUGACAUUGUAAUUCGUGGUGUUGCUAUAAGUAAAAUAUAA